AUGAUUGUGCUUGGCUGGAUGCUUUUUGUUGGAUUUGCAUGUUACAUGGGCACAUUUCCAGAGUUUGUGCCUCCACCUCUAAAGUGGAAACAGAAGUGGCCCAUUUGUGAGAGCAAGGCACGACGGAGGAGCCGGGCUUUGGAGGAAGAUCUGUCACUGAACGAUGUGGAAGGGAUUUAAAUAUCCCCCAGGAGGGACCCCUGUGGAAGUAAGCAAGGAUGAUCCUGGUGAAGUAAUGCAGCUCUGAAGCUCACCUGACUAGCUGUACAGUUCCUGUUGUUGGUUUCUCAUAAAGUAAUUGCACAUUAUUUUGUCAUAUUUUAUGUCCAGUUCCGCACUUUUUAAGAUGAACAAAGACGGUAUUAUUAUAACAGGAAGGUGGAGGGUAAGAAGGUGGUAGGAGAUGAUUGGGUCCCUUCCAAGGCAAUUUUGUGUCCCCUACUCAAUUUCCUUAAGGAUAGAAAUUUCUAGAGCUCUUUAGACCUAAUUUCCAAAUAAUAUCCUCCUCUUAAGUACUGUUAACCAAAAAAGGCUAGAGGAUACAGCAACUUUAAGCCUUUUCUUUGUAGGCAUUUCUCUGUAGCCUUUUUAGUUAUUACUAAGAACACAAAGUUUACCCCAUGUGGGGAAAGGAACUCAUUUUAAAAUUGAGAACAGAUACUAAAAUAUACAUAUUAGCCUUCUGAAACUGGGUGUUAACUUUGCAAUGUGGCAGAAAUUGAGAGGCUUAAAUAUCUUGCCAACACAGCUCUAGGCCGAAGUCAAGAUUAAGACCCAGGCUUUGUCCAGUACAUGCUUUUAUGUGCUAAGGCAAGUCCAAUGAGAAGGACUGGGAUUAUCUGAGGAUUUUGUUACCUAAAUGUCUAUCACCUGAAGACAAGAAGCUGCCUGAUAAUUCCUUAAAGCCAGUAUAUGUAGACAUAAAAGCUAACGGCUCAGACCUCCAUAUGGUACAGCGUAGUUUAUGAAACCGGGAUGGAACCUGAGUAUGAAACCUAUUUUAUUAAUAUAUUUAAGUGUAGGAACACUAGAAUUUUUUUGUGGUGCUGGGGAUUGACUACAGGGUCUCUCACAUGCCAGGCUAGCAUUUUACCACUGAGCUACAUCCCUAGCCCUGAACCCUAGGAUCUUUAUAAGCCCUCUGAAAGUGGUUUGAGGAUUUCAAUUAACACUCAGGAAGUGGGAACACAGGUUAGGGAUUGUAAUUCCAAUGCUCUAGAGAACUGCAUCCUUUCUAGCAAAGCAGAUCUUUUGGUUAUAUAGUCUCAAUGGUUUGGAUGUGAGAUGUCCCCAAAAGGUUCAUAUGGAAAAUGCAGGAAUGCUCAGAGGUAAAAUGAUCAGAUUAUAAGAGCUUUAACCUAAUCAGUGGCUUAAUCCACUUGAUGGUUUAAUUAAUGAGUGGAUUACUAGGUUAGGUAACUAAUAGGCAGGUAAGAUGUGGCUAGAGGAAGCAGGUCAUUGGGGUGCCUUUGGGGAUUAUAUACUUUAUAUUAUGUAUUAUAUAAGCUAAUGAGCUUGGCAACUUUUCUCUGCCCACCUUUUUGUCAUGUUAUUCUGCCUCACUCUGGUCCCAGAACAAUGGAAUCAGCUGACCAUGGACUGAGACUUAAUGAAACUGUGAGUCCAAAAUAAACUAGUCAGAUAGUUUGGUUAUAAUGACAAAAAGCUCACACAAGAUUACUUGGUACAUGUUUAGUAAACUAUUUGUAAGUGGCUCUUCACAAUGAAUGGAUUUUCCUUUUUAUGAAAAAUAAAAUGAAUCUGAAAUCCAUAAACACAACUACUAUAAUUUCUGAAUGUAUUAUUCUAGCCACUUUACAGUUCUCUUAACUUGGGUAUCUGAGAGCACAACAGGACUUAAGCUGGUAAAAGGAGAGAGAGAUCAGUAGUAGGGGCUGAAGAGACAUGAAUGUAUGACAGAGAACAAGCAGAGAAGUGUGUACAGGAGACAAACCCAAUCCCUAAAGUCUGAAAAAUCUAUGGAGAUUUUAGCUAGAAAACUGUAUAAUAUGAUAAGGAAUAACUCAAAGUUUUGAUCAAUAAAUGCAAAUCACUAAAAAUAUCAAUAAAAUAUCUUUAAUGCCUACAAUUUCUUGUAUACAUAAAUUGCAAAACAUUCACCUGUAUAUGCAAAAGUAUUUUCUCUUGCAGGUCAA